GUGUCAGCGGCGCGCGAUGCCGCACCGCUAUGACGCCUCCGCACAGCUUCGCGAUCCGAGACCUGCUGCCCGAGGCGUCCUCACGCAGCCCUUCGCCCUCCGACGCGGAGCUCGACGUCACCGGCACAGAGACCCCGCCGCCCGGCGCCUCCACUACGAACGACAAGAAAAACGAAAAACCCGCGUACAGCUACAACGCUCUCAUCAUGAUGGCCAUACGCAGCAGCCCCGAAAAGCGGCUCACCCUCAACGGCAUCUACGAGUAUAUUAUGAAGAACUUCCCCUACUACAAGGAGAAUAAACAGGGCUGGCAGAACUCGAUAAGACACAAUUUGAGUCUAAACAAAUGUUUCGUGAAAGUGCCGCGGCAUUACGACGAUCCGGGUAAAGGCAACUAUUGGAUGCUGGAUCCGUCGUCGGAUGAUGUGUUCAUCGGCGGCACCACGGGCAAGUUGCGGAGGAGGUCUACCGCCGCGUCUAGAUCCCGGCUGGCUGCGUUCAAGCGCGGUGCACUGUUACACCCGAUGUUUGGGAAUCCAUACGCUUCUUUAGUCGGGUUGUACCCGCCUCUGCUGUCGGUGUACGGGCGGUACGCCUUGCCGAGCCCUCUGCUGAGGCUGCCGCCGCCGCCGCCGACGCACUACCACCAGCUGUACCGCAGGAUCAACGCUCUGACGCCGUCGGGAAGUCCCCCGCCCGACCCCGACGCUCACCUCAUGAAGCAUAGUUGAUAAGUCUUGCUAUGGAUAUAAAGGUAUAUCUGAGCGAAGGCUACGUGAAGACUGUUGUGUUUAGACUGUGAUAGAGAACGCAGGAGAGCGUGCAGGAAGCAGAAGGCAGGAGGGAGUGUACGACGCAGGACGGUCUUGUAAAUUGUGUAGUUUGUAUAAAGUGGGUAUCUCACGCUAUUUAUUUAUAUUAUAUUUAAUAUAAUGAGGCUUAAUUUAAGUUAUAGUGAAUGCAAUAAAUAAUGUUUUCGACAACGAUU